GCUUCAGGGUUGGCUAUGCCACUCAAAUACCAGCUGAUUGUUUGUUAAUGACAUAAAAAGAUGUCCCAUUCAUUGAAGCGCCAGGUGCUAAGUGCGUUUAAAAAGCUGCAUCGCACGCGGCAGUAUGUGUUUCAUGGUGAUGACAGGGCUUUAUUGGCCGGUCGGGACAAAAUAAACGAGUCCUUUCAGAAAAACCGGAACGAAACCAAUGAAGCGGAAAUUAAAAAGAUGAUCAAAUUAGCUGUGGAAGUAGACUACGAGCUGCGUACAAAUGUAAUACAGGCCAAACGGCGAGAAGAUAACGUAUACGAGCUCCGUAUUACGCCAGAAACAACUCGCCUGGACAAUGUGGUCUUCAAUCCCGAUGCUGUAAUAGACGCUCCGCGCAAGGGGCGAGGUGACAAAUCGACAGGGUGUUGUGGUGGAUCAGCAAUGGCAGCGCUACAAGCCGAGAUAGACGCGCGUAAUAAAUGAAACUACAUUUUGUGAUUAUUAGCAAGCUAGUCUAACUAAAAUUAUAUACAUAUAUUAUUAAAACAUUUCAGCCAUU